AUGAAACUGCAGGAUAUUCCCCUAGAGCUACGGCAGGCUAUAUUCGAGCUUAUCCUCACAGCUCCAGUGGCACCAUCAAGUCCUUCAGAGAGCCAACAUGGCCGUGAUCAGCUCCUUCACUGUCUUCGAGAUAUGCAAUGGGGAUGGAGACCAUAUGGUGUUUGGCAACAGACGCCCACGAACAAAGCGCUAAGCCUGCUUCUGGUCAGCAAACAGUUCUACGUCGAGAUCCAGGAUAUUUUCAGACGUCUUCCAAAUCACUACCACGUCGAUAUCAUGUUCGUAAAGAACUACGGGUUCUGGCCUACGUGGGAUAUUGCAAAGCGACCGACGUCACGCUACAUCAACAAAGUAACAGCGACGUUCCGUAUCUUUGAGCCGACCGACGACCUCGACGAUCGUUUCAAAGACAGCUUGAGCUUCCGAGGUGGAGAUGGAGGACCCGAGAGUGCCGCCUGGGCCCUUUAUGAACUCCUCGUAAGCUUGAUUCAACAUGGCCCUGGAUACAUCGGUCUCCCGAAUAACCAGCGCUUCAUCAUCAACGAAAUUGAGGUGAAUGUAAUGGCUCCAACCGACGGUGCCGCUCACACCAAGUUUUCUUGCAGGGAUAACGACAACCCGUGGUGGCUUCGCUUCAGUGGAAUCGAAUAUGGAAAGGAACUGGUACCCGAGGAACGACUCGCCAACUACAUGUUUAAUCGUUUGAACAUCGCUUUCAAGGCCGACCGUGAUGUCAGGCCAUACUCCAAAGAGUUGUACGAACACAUCUUAGGAAGUAUCACCUUUCAGCUCAAUGGAAAGGAGUGGAAGAAGAAGCGAAUAGACGAAUAUCUUGAUGAAUGCCAUCCCUCGACAUGGUCGCAAGGUUAUAGAAAUGGCUGGUGUCGCAGGACCCUCAGGCUGAGGCAAUGGUUAAGGAUGAUUCGUAGGGAACGAGAGAAGACGAGGAAAGCUCUGGAGCUGAAUGAUGAGCAACCCAAAUAA